AUGUCUUCCAGUGCUUCCAUCGUCAAGAAGGUCCAGCCUCAGGAUGUCACAGCUUGGACUUAUGACAUUGAAAUGCAGAUGCUCAAGGAGAACAUUCUCAAACUGAAGAAGAACCUCACUGAGGCAAACGCCAACCAAGUCAAGGAGAACGAGGAAGCCAUCGCUGAAAAGAAGAUCGCCUUGGAGAAGCAUUGCCGUCAGUUCGGCAUGAGAUAUGGCAAAUGGGGUACAGAAGAAAGUGAAGUCAAGCUUGAGGACGUCAACGACGAGAUGACCAACGGUGAUGUCAAGAUGAACGGAGACAGCACUACCGGUCCCACCGAUGUUGCUGCUAGCGCCACUGUCGACGGCAUCAGAUCCCCUCAGUCACCUAUCGUUCACGCCCACGAUAGCAACGGAGUCGUUGAAAGCAUCGAGCACCAUGAAGAGACUAGCAUGGCUGUUUCUCCCCACGUUCCAUCCGGUAUUGAAGAUCCUUUCAUCACUCCUGCCGGUCACAUUGCUCCCGCCAACUUGUUCCAUGCUCCCACCGGAACCUUCCAGAACGACUGCUCCCUCGACACCUACAAUGGCGGCUACGCUCCAGACUUCAACACCAACGACCCACUCUCAGGCCAGACUGCUCAGCCUGCUGUUGACAUUGACAAGUUCCUCGAUGAUCAGGAGGCCAACUACACUACUUCGGCUGGACACGGUGAUGAUGCUGGCAUGGACUUCGGCGGAGGAGAUGAUGAGAUGGACAUGGACACUGUGAUCUCUCAGACUCCCGUGGCUGAGCUCGAGGAGCCUGUCAUCCCUGGCAUGGAGAAGUACGACAACCUCUGA